AUGCCCGCCAAUAUAUAUAACAGUUCUAAACUUGCGUCUAACAACUUGCACCCAUUCAAUGCUUUCCCCGCUUCUCGUCCAAUCUCGCCUCUAUCUGAAGGCGCCUCCCCUGACUCGUUUCUCUCUGCAUGGGCCAAAAGGUCCGCCCGCCAUUCCUUGAAAAUGGAGCGCACCCCGCACAACAGACCCAUGGCCGUCUUGCCGGAAUUGAAUACCCAGGAUCCAUAUCUGUCGGUGUCGUCUGACCAAGAGGAACUUGAUUUUCAAGCAUUUGCUCUCCGCUUGACACCUGUGGGGGGCAGUCCAAACCAUGCCAGUCCCUCUCCGAUCGGAGAAAAUGAUGCUCUGAGCGCGGGCCCCACUAUCCAAACGAACUACUGGCCCGCGGGCAAUGACAACCCCAGUUCCUGUGCGUCUCCUGAUUCAGGUGGUUUUCUGGACCCAUCCAAUAUUGAGUUGAAUGGGCCCAACUGGCAGGAUCAAAGGUCAUACCAUGUGGAGACAACUGCGCCGGUUGCCCAGGAACAGUGGCCAUCGGCUGUAGCCGAUGUGCCUCCUCAACAAUGGCUCAACGCAGAGCCAACUAUCCCGAGCCCUCUUUCCAUUCAAGAUCACGCGACAGCACAUAACCAUGCGCCGAACCAGGGCUCGCUGGCUAAUGCCGAUCAACGUUACGGGCCAGCCGAACUGACUGUCACGACCGAGUAUGUCCCAGGAAACGGCUUGGUGUCAGCUUCGACCAUUCGGGGGAGAAGUCCGCUAAGGAGCCCUAUUGGCAUCACUGUGGAGAGCGUGUCGCGUGGAGAUUCACCUGUUGCGGGGAACCUUGGGCACAGUAGACGCCCGAGCCGAUCGUCGAUGCAUCUCUCACCAGGUGGUAUGUCCAGCGAUUCAGAAGAUGAUGGCCACGUCGAUGAUGACCAUCGAUCCGUCUCGUCCCUUUCUGUCGCACGAACCAAUGAUGGAAAAUGGAUCCGGAGCCCCACGACUGGUUAUGGCGGCCUAGCGCCUUCCUCUCGAGGGGAUGAAUACAUACAGAGCCCCAACGAUCUCAAGGGACAGCGCGAACGCGACCAGAAAAACCAGCAUAUCACCCUCUGGUUAAGUGCCGCCAGCACAGGAUCAGACGGCGAUCAACCUCCUACCCCUCCUCCCCAAAGAAGGCAUACGAGUAAUAGACUGCGGGCAAGGAGUACUGGAGACAAGCCUCUUCAGCAAGAAGACUAUUUCAGUCUGAAAUCUCAUGGUGGCAACAUGACCCCUGGACCUGGGGUCUUGGUCCAUGAAAGCGAGGGCAGCGAUGAUGACGGUGAUGAUAUUUCUAGCGUCAAGUCCGGUGCCUCUGCUUCUGGUUCGCCUCCAGCUGAUGUCAACGAGCCCGGUCGAUAUGACAGCUCCACACCUGAAUGCUAUGCUUCACUCGGGUCGACCGGCCCCACUGAGAGCUUUUGUCUCCAUCCUUGGCAAGAUUGUUCACGCGAUGCAACGCAGAGAAAGGAGGCCAUGCAACCGGGCAGCUCUACUGCGGCGAUGAUUGCGUUUGAAAAGCGGGCGAAGGAUAUCGAAACCGCGUCGUUGGCGGCGACUGUGGAUAAUAACAGUAUAUUUCAUGUCAGAUCAGCGUUUACGGAGAUGAGCAUUACUGCCGAGCCGAAGCCUAAAGAGAGCGUGGGCACUCUCUUCCAGCGUUCCUUCUUGACAGCAACCUCGAAACUGAAGCGUCAAGCGUCGGAUUUCUCGAUUGCCAAUGCCAAUACCAGUGCCCAGUCUAAUAGCUCUGAUGUACCGCAGCGAAAAGAGAGUCACUCACACCGUCAUCGGCUAAGUUUAUCAGGAAGGCAACAUGGCCGCGCCCCAAGCGUGACAAAUGCUUUCUUCUCGAUGAGCGGACAGAUGGCAGCGAUUGGAGGAAACAAUGCAGUCCAUGCCGUCUCGCCAAGUACCGACGUGACCUUGAAGGGUAAUCCAAUGAAGGGUCGUGGUCGAAGUCGAAGUGAGGUCCCGCGACCUGUUAAUGGGUUGAUGGCUCUGAUGACCACCCAUGGUGGGCCCCCUGUUGCCAAUUUCUUGUCUUCGCCAAGGACCUCGACCGAGACUGAACAUGUGCGAGGCAAUGAUGUCGCCGACUUUAACAACAUGGUCGCUAAGGAUGAAGAUGAUGAUGAGGACCACAUGGAUGUAGCGGAUGAUAAAGGACUUGUUAUGGAAUUCCCGCUGGUGUCACGCUUGCCAGUGCCAACGCUUGAAGGGUUUAAGCAACAGAUCAUGGAUCUGAACCCACGACUCAAGCCUGCUCUGAUCGAACGAUUUGCACGUGAACAAGUGAAUCGGUAUGAGAGACUGGUGAAAUUACAACGGGAUCACGCAGCUGCCGUUACCAAUCGUAAAUGCAAAUCAGAUAACUUUUGCUUUGCUUUGGGAGGCAAGGCAGAGUUGCUGGAACAGCGCAAAGCGUCCACCUCUGUGGAAGCUGGGCAAACCCAAUUUCUCAUCACGGAAUCAAUCAAUGGCGGGUCAUAUGUGGUAACAGAAGGCUCCCCCACUCCGGCUCAAUUCCCGGCGGGUGUGCCCAUCCCACCCGUUAGCCGCCUGCCUGCCAAAUUCGAGUGCUCUAUCUGUUAUGAUGUGAAGAAGGUCCAUAAGCCGUCAGACUGGUCCAAGCACGUUCAAGAGGAUCUGCAGCCGUUCACGUGCAGCUUUCCCGAUUGCACCGAGCCCAAGUCAUUCAAGCGUAAAGCAGACUGGGUCCGACAUGAAAACGAGAAGCACCGACAAUUAGAGUGGUGGGACUGUUCGAGAUGUGACCAUACCUGCUAUCGGAAAGACAACUUUGUCCAACACUUGGUUCGGGAGCACAAGAUGCCUGAUCCCAAGGUGAAGAAGGGCACAGGGGGUGCUGAGGAGCAGUUCAGCCGUGACCGGCUAGCGAAGCUGCUCGACGAGUGCAGGCACGAGACAACAAAAACGUCGCAAUCGGAGCCCUGUCAAUUCUGCGGGAACAUCCUUGGCAACUGGAAAAAGCUAACGGUGCACCUGGGGAAACACAUGGAGCAGUUGGCAAUGCCUGUUCUAGAACUUGCCAAACAGAGCGCCGCCACCCCUAGCCCAGCCGCCCCUGCAGGAGUGUCUAGUGGGUCUGCCGAAACAUACCCCCCUCUUUCUGCACCGUUUCACAGACAUCAGAAUACUGCAGGGGCGACGCUUCCCACUCCGCAAUAUCUCACUAGCAAGACUAGCCCUCCUGUCAACGCAAGCAUUCCUUACGAUAUGUCACUUCUUGGCUAUCCUUCUACUAUCUCGGGCACCAUCCUUUCGACAGAACCCGAACCGAUUGCCGACACUUUCCCGGGUGAUCAGUGUUCCUACAUCAGCCCGCUUGACCAAGCCACGCUCCACCCGCCGUCGGCCCAGACCCACCUCCCGCAUCAUCAAAACUCAGUGACGUACCCACCACCAUACAAUGCGAUCCACCAGCCAAGAACACCCGACGUGAACGCUUCUGUAAUGCCGUCUUACCAGCUUCCUCAGAGCUCACUAUACCCCGCACAGGCAAGCUACCCGCCAUACCAGCAUAUGGCCCCAACUUCACCCUACCAUGGUUCCUAUACGAACAGCUAUUCCUCACAAAUGUGA